AAAUAAAACCCUCCCAUUUUCUCCAAUCUUCCUCCCCCCUCCGUCUCUCUCUCUUCACAGAUUCAGCGUUAUUUCUAAGCAAAGCGGCGAACAACACAAAAAUUCAAAUUCAAAAGAGAGGGGCAGAGAGGUAAUUUUCCAUGGAUCCAGACUCAGUAGCAAAGGCGUUCGUGGAGCAUUACUACAGCACAUUCGAUGCGAACAGAGGACAAUUAGCCAAUCUUUACCAAGAAGGAUCCAUGCUCACUUUUGAAGGGCAGAAGAUCCAAGGCUCUCAAAACGUCGUCGCUAAACUCACUUCGCUGCCGUUUCAGCAGUGUAAGCAUAGCAUCACCACCGUUGAUUGCCAGCCUUCUGGUCCUGCCGGCGGUAUGCUUGUCUUUGUUUCUGGUAAUCUUCAGCUCGCCGGUGAACAGCACGCUCUUAAGUUUAGCCAGAUGUUCCAUUUGAUGCCAACACCACAGGGAAGCUUUUAUGUGUUGAAUGACAUCUUCCGAUUGAACUAUGCAUAAAAACAAGAUCGGUGGAUCAUCACUCAAAGACUUUAUUGUCAAAAUGUUCAGAAUUACUUUACCCAUCUCGUUCAUGUUUUAGACGUUUUAAGUGAAAACUUGUAUUUUUGUUUGAUUAAGUUUGAUGUUCCUAUUUGUCUUGUUAUUGUCUGGACAGUUCAGAGAUGUUUGCCAUAUUUGGUUGAAUUGGUAGAGGGCUGCCCUCUUGGAGUUGAAAAAUUGGGUGUUGGAACUUUCAAAACUCAUUAGUCAAUAUUGAAAUGGAAGUUCUUUUCAAAUUA